AUGCAAGCCACCUCAAUUCGCACUGAGGCCGGAGGCGUGCUGUCCCAUGCACUGUCCGGCUGCUUCACUGCGCGGCUAGAUUGGUCCGUUCCGUUUAGGCCGCAUGCUCUCGUUGAGUUCACGUUCCUUGCUGACAGUGCCACCCCUGUCCCUCAGCUGCCUCGUUUUAAGCAGCUAGAGGCCGUGAAGAAUCCUUUUAGCACCUCCGAGUCCCGGUGCCAGGUGCUGUGGGAGGGCUGCGCACAAAUUUCUGAUAUCACAUGUGAUCUUGCGGGAUGGUCCCGGGAUGCAGCAGCUUCCUGCGGCGUCUAUGAUAAUUUCCCUGGCCACUCCUUUGAGCUUCAGGUUGAGCUGUUGUCCCAAGCUGAAGUCCACUGGGCCGAUGUGGGCAACAUGCCCUUUCGCCAAUGGCACUCACAAGCCCUGGAAUUGAUGAAGGGGACUGAGCCGGAUGCAGAUUGGUUCGCUGCUACGUCCAGACAACAAGGCCAUGCUCGGAAAGUGCACCUUUCGACGAAAAGCAGUCAAUACCAAAGCUGGCUCAAAUCGUCGAUGCAGGACGGCAUGCGACCUCUUUUCCGCUCCCUAAGCGGCCCUGAUGCUAAGGUGGAAAGACCAUACCUUGACAGUGCGCUUGACUUCAGACCAUUCCUCAGACUUGAGUUUUGGGCCAAACUUUGGAAGGCGCAACCGUCACCUUUACCAGACCUUGACGCCCAGCUUCAUCAGAAAGCGCGGGAUCAUGCCUCGUCAUUGCCACCUCUGUCUCUGGAGCGGAUCAAGCAUCAGACCCGGAAGCUCAGCAACAAAGCCGGUGGUGCUGAUGGCUGGAGCUAUGCAGCUAUGCCCAGUUCAAAGUGUUGCCUGAUGCAGCGCUGGAAGCCCUGCUGGCAAUCUUCAGACGCAUAG